AUGGGCCUCUUCUCCUCCUUCCAAUCCGAAGAAGCCAAACGCGCCGAAGAAGUCCGCACCGGCGCCGUCGCCCCGGACCGCAGCGAACGCCGCAAGUGCUGGGAAGCCCGCGACGCCUACUUUGGCUGCCUCGACCGCAACGUCAUCGCCGACGCCCUCAAGGACGAUGCGAAAGCCCGCAAGGCGUGUCCUGCCGAGAACCAGGUCUUUGAGCGGGACUGCGCUGCUGCUUGGGUAAAAUAUUUCAAACAAUGGCGUGUAGCAGACCUCCAAAAGAAGCAGCGCAUAGCCCAGCUCGAAGCCGAAAACGCAAUCAAGAUGGACGUCACCACCACUUUCGCCGACCAGCCCUCAGCCCCUCCCAAGGGGCCAACGCCAACAAAGGUUGAUUUGCAGGACAUGCUCGCCUCGAGGAGGCAGUAA